AUGGACAGAAAGCUGCGACACGUGCUGAUUUUCCUUCUCAUCAUCCUGAAGGAGCCCAACAUGCCAGAAGCUGGCUGCUACUGUAGACCAUCAUGGUGCAAUUGCCGCAAAGAAGAUCUCACCAGCAUCCCUCAGAACCUCCCAACAUCCAUCUCUGAGAUAAUGUUAACAAACAACCAGAUAACUGCCAUCUCUUCUGGUGCAUUUUCUAAUCUGCCCAAGCUAGAAAAAAUGCCCCUGUCCCGCAACCAGAUAGCUACCAUCCCUUCUGGUGCAAUUGCAAAUCUGCCCAAGCUACAAGAGUUGUACAUGACCCACAACCAGGUAAAAUACAUCCCUUCUGGUACAUUUGCAAAUCUGACACAGCUACAAGUGUUGUUCUUGUUCCACAACCAGAUAACUACCAUCGAGUCUGGUGCAUUUGCAAAUCUGACACAGCUACAAACGUUGGCCCUGGACCAAAACCAGAUAACUACCAUCCCUUCUGGUACAUUUGCAAAUCUGCCCAAGCUACAGCGUUUGGGCCUGUCCUACAACCAGAUAACUACCAUCAAUUCUGGUGCAUUUGAAAAUCUGCCACUUUUAAAUGGUUUGGGACUUCGCAACAACAAGAUGACGGCCAUUCCCCUGUCAGUCUUCUGCUUCUUGCCUUCUACUAUCAAAAUAGAGCUUGGCAGGAACCCCUGGCAGUGUGACUGUAAGAUGGCCCCCUUCAAGCUAAUCCAUGAAUUUAAGAACCAGAUAAUUUGUGCCCAACCCGCCAAACUUCAGGGACAGAAGCUUGCGCAUGUCGACCCUAAAGAAUUGAUAUGUAAAGAGCCAACCAUAUCACCACUAACUGUUCAUAGCAGUUCAGCUGCAGUGUCCACAUCUUCAUGGGAAGAGGUAGGUUUCGGUCGAGAAGUGGUGAGAAUGCCCGUCUCCUCGGGCAGAAGAUGCAGAAAUGGUCGAAACGACACGAUGUACAAGCACACUCGUUCCUCGUGUGAGAUCAGAGUUUCCGAGAUCAGAGUUUCCGAGCUGUAUACGUGCUGGCCCCAUCCCGGGGAGGUUGCCGGCAGCCAGCCCGGCGCCCCGUGA